AAGCAGGAAGAAGAUCAUGGCCCUAUGGUUGAGGAAGCAAAAGAUGAUGGAGGCAGCACAAGUGAGGAUGAGAUUAUAUCGAUGUGCCGCAACAAUCUGGUGCAUGCAGAGAAUUCGAUCGUGCAAUUGGUUCCUAUCUUGGGUAUGUACUCUGAUAACUAUUUUGUGAAACUACCUAAGAGGGUCAAUGGAGAUUUUGGUAUGGAUUGGGUCAUGGAUACACUAGCCCGAGAUACCCAAUGCUACAACAUGUUUAGGGUAGAGAGACCUUUAUUUAACAGGCUACAUAAUACUUUGGUCCAGUCAUAUGGGUUGAAGUCCACUACAAAAAUGACAUCUAUAGAGGCUCUUGCUAUGUUUUUAUGGAUUGUUGGUUCACCACAGUCAGUUAGACAGGCUGAGAACCGUUUAAGGAGGUCUUUGGAGACAAUAAGCAGGACAUUUAAUAGAGUUUUGACAUGCCUCCUUAGGUUAGCUCAUGACAUAAUUGUACCCAAGGACCCAACUUUUUCAGAGGUGCACCCAAACUUGGAAAAUCCAGCAUUUUGGCCACACUUCAACGACUGCAUAGGAGCUAUAGAUGGGACACAUGUGAAUGUUGUGGUGCCUAAGAGUAAGAGGGUUCCGUACUUGAACAGGCAUAAUGAAACCAGUCAGAAUGUGCUUGUUGUUUGUGAUUUCGACAUGAGAUUUACCUUUGUAUUGUUGGGAUGGCCUGGUUCGGCACAUGACAUGAGAGUUUUCAAAGGUUUGCUACUUGAACUAUCUUGCAACAAUCUUUAAUUGCACUUGUUCAUCUAAGUCUCAUUGUGUGCCUCACUUUCACAAUAUGUUGGGAAGUAUUAUGUGGUUGAUGCGGGGUACCCAAACCGGCCGGGCUACCUUUCACCAUACACACGUACAAGGUACCAUGUCGCGCAAUGGAACGAUGGACCGCCGCCACAAGGUAUGAAAGAAACCUUCAACCAUGCACAUGCCAAAGUUAGGAAUGUCAUAGAGCGAUCUUUUGGAGUGUUGAAGAUGAAAUUUAGGAUCUUGUUGAACAUGCCAAGUUUUCCAGAAGCAAAGCAAACUAGAAUUAUUGUUGCUUGUAUGGCUCUUCAUAAUUUCAUUCGAGAGAGCAGAAUUGCGGAUAGGGAAUUUGAUGCCUGUGAUGAGGAUAAAAAUUAUAACCCAAUGCUCAAGCUUUAUUUUAUGGAGUGUAAUUUUUUCUUGUCUAGCUUAAUUUGUAUGGACUAAACUACCUAUCGUGUAUGUUGAGUGUGAUAUCUCAUUUGUACAGACAAAUAAAAUUUAUCGUGUUUCGGAUGCUUGGUUUGAAAUAUGAUUUGUUUGUGUCAUUUGUGAGAGGGAGGAGGCCACACAUGAGUCUGCCACAUCAAAUCCGGUUGGAAAGGAGCCAAAUGAUUGGAAAAGUAUAUUUAUUGUCAAUCUAGCCCUUUCAUCCAAACACCUCUAGGGCUAGAGUUAGUUCAGGGUUAGUUGAGAGCUAGAAACUAACUCUAACCUCAAACUCUAACCCUUGGAUCCAAACAGGGCCAAUAAAUGAGUAGUACCUGCUCUACUUUUCUCAAACCCAAGUCCCCAUAAAAGCUAUUCCUACUACUAGUAUGCAUGUAGCAUGUGUGCUGUAACAGAGCAGUAUGCAUGCCGGCUGUUGAUUUUUUAAACUUCUUUUGACAAGCUCGACAAGAGGCUCGAAGCUCAGAACGAGCUGAGCCCGAGCUCAACUCUAAACUCGAAGGCUAAGGAGGCUCGGCUCGAGUCUGUACCGAACUCGAGCCUAGAGAGGCCAGCUCGCUUGAGCUCGGCUCGUUGACAGCCCUACUUCAUAUUGAGCUAGUCAUCCAGAAGUUCAGUCCUAAAAAUAUCGAACAUUUUUUUUUUGGCUAUUCAUCCAGAAGUUCAGUCCUAUGAUUCUACG